AUGGGGGCAUUAGAUGAAUCCACACCUGUACCUUCAAGAAUAACCCUACAGCUGAUGAAGCAAAAAAAAAAAAGUGCAUUUCAAGGAUAUUCGCUAUUAAAAAAAAAAAGUGAUGCCUUGUUCAUACAUUUUAGAGAUAUAUUAAAGGAUAUUGUUAAGACUAAAAUAAAAGUAGGGGAAGAGAUGAGUAAUGCAUCCUUUUCAUUAGCUAAGGCAGUAUGGGCCGCUGGAGAUUUUAAAGGGCAAAUUAUAGAAGGAAUUAAAAGACCAGUUGUUACCUUAUCCUUAUCUACUAAUAACGUUGCAGGUGUCAAGUUACCAAUAUUUCAAGUACAUAUUGAUCCUACAGUUGAUGUAUUAGGACAUUUAGGAGUGGCAUCAGGGGGACAAGUCAUUAAUAAUACAAGAGAAAAUUAUUUACAGUGUUUAAAUAUGUUAGUUAAAUUGGCCUCUAUGCAAGUAGCUUUUUUCUCACUUGACGAAGAAAUUAAGAUGACGAAUAGGAGAGUGAAUGCUUUAAAUAACAUUGUCUUACCUCGGCUUGACGGAGGCAUCAAUUACAUUAUAAAAGAACUUGAUGAAAUAGAAAGGGAAGAAUUCUUUAGGUUGAAAAAAAUAAAAGAAAAGAAAAUUGACAAGUUGAAAGACACAUACACAGAGCACUCAACGGAUGCAAAUAAUCAAAGUAACGCAAAAAGAUAUGACACUUUUGCGCAUCAGAAGGAUGAUGAUGUUAUAUUUUGA